UCCAUUCCCAACUGCCCAUUCACACUUUCUUCAGGUCCCCCAGCUCAAAUAGAGGAACUCACUCCUCACGCGCUUUGUGGAGGCGCGCGUGCACUAGAGCGCGCCCACUUCGCUCCCCCCGCCCCGCCCCGGCCCCUGAGGCUAACAAGCGGUUUGUAAUUCUCUGACGCGUUGCUAAGGAAGGUGGACCGAUCCCUUAUGCCUGCGCCCUUCAAUCUCGACCGUUUAGGGUGACGCUCGACGCAGUCUCUGUGGAGGACCCAGCCUCAGAGCUGAGAGGAAUCGAUCGAGACGUCCAGGCUCCUCCUUCAAGUCCAGGGAGAGGUCCGCUUGGCAAAAGCUGGGGCAGAAAAGGUGGUGGUACAAACUCCCGGGGCAGUUGAACUCCAGGGCGCCGAGGCUUCUUCUGGUCAGGACUACAUUUCCCAGUGGCCCCCACGAGCACUGGGCCCGUUGCCCCUUUGUGUCCUCCGGAGGCCGAGUCGCCUCUUUCCGGGCCCGCGGAGGCUGGGUUCCAUCGAUUCAGGCCGGGAGGUGGGCCCGAGGAGAGGUUACGCGAGCCUUCCGGGCUGGGACCUGGUUUUCCGGCAGUUCGGUUCUGCAGGAUACUGCCAUUCCCCAGGAGAAGAGUCAAGGGGACUAAAGAAUGGCUGUUGGACUUCUUAAAGCCAUGUACCAGGAGUUGGUGACCUUCAGAGAUGUGGCUGUAGACUUCUCCCAAGAGGAGUGGGAUUGCCUAAAUCCUUCUCAAAGGCAUCUGUACAGUAAUGUGAUGUUGGAGAACUACAGGAUCUUGGUAUCACUGGGACUUUGCUUUUCUAAACCAAGUGUGAUAUUAUUGUUGGAACAAGGGAAGGAGCCCUGGAUGGCGAAGAGAGAGAUGACAAAAGACUUGUACUCAGGUUGGGAAUCUAUGUGUGAGACUGAAGAAUUAACCCCAAAGCAGGACAUUUAUGAACCACAAUCAUCUCAGAAGGUAAUAGAAAAACUUACAAGCUAUGGCCUUGAGUACUCCAGUUUGAAAGAAGAAUGGAAAUGUGAGGGCUAUCUUGAAGGGCAACCAAUGAAUCAGAAAGCAUGUUUCAAGGAAGAGACAAUCACUCAUGAAGAAGCCCCUGUUGAUGAAAGAGUACAAGAAUAUAACAAAACUUGGAGAAGUUUCCAUCCCAACACACUACUUCAUACACAUCAGAUAAUCCCCAAAGAGGAGAAAAUACAUAAACAUAACACACAUAAAAGCUUUAAAAAAAAAUUAGUUGCCAUUAAGCCCAAGAGUAUCUAUACAGAGAAGAAACUUUUGAAAUGUAAUGACUGUGAAAAAGUUUUCAGCCAGAGCUCAUCCCUUACUCUUCAUCAAAGAAUUCAUACUGGAGAGAAACCCUAUAAAUGUGUAGAAUGUGGGAAAGCAUUCAGCCAGAGAUCAAAUCUUGUUCAACAUCAGAGGAUUCAUACUGGAGAAAAACCUUAUGAGUGUAAGGAAUGUAGGAAAGCCUUCAGUCAGAAUGCACACCUCGUUCAACACCUGAGAGUUCAUACUGGAGAAAAACCUUAUGAAUGCAAGGUGUGUAGGAAAGCCUUCAGCCAGUUUGCUUACCUUGCUCAACAUCAGAGAGUCCAUACUGGAGAGAAACCCUAUGAAUGUAUUGAAUGUGGGAAAGCAUUUAGCAAUAGAUCAUCUAUUGCUCAACACCAGAGAGUUCAUACUGGUGAGAAACCUUAUGAAUGUAAUGUCUGCGGGAAAGCAUUUAGCCUUCGUGCAUACCUUACUGUACAUCAGAGAAUACAUACUGGAGAGAGACCCUAUGAAUGUAAGGAAUGUGGGAAGGCUUUCAGCCAGAAUUCACACCUUGCUCAACAUCAGAGAAUUCAUACUGGAGAAAAACCUUAUAAAUGUCAGCAAUGUAGGAAAGCAUUCAGCCAGAUUGCCUACCUUGCUCAACAUCAGAGAGUUCAUACUGGAGAGAAACCCUACGAAUGUAUUAAAUGUGGGAAGGCUUUUAGCAAUGAUUCAUCCCUUACUCAACAUCAGAGAGUUCAUACUGGAGAGAAGCCUUAUGAAUGUAAUGUUUGUGGAAAGGCUUUUAGUUACUGUGGAUCCCUUGCCCAACACCAGAGAAUUCAUACUGGAGAGAGACCCUAUGAAUGUAAGGAAUGCAAGAAAACUUUCAGGCAGCAUGCACACCUUGCUCAUCAUCAGAGAAUCCAUCUUGGGGAGUCACUCUCACCACCCAAUCCAGUCAAUCACCAAGUCCUGUAGACUAUUUCAUAAAUACUUUUGGAAUUUAUACUCUCUGCAUCUCUAAUACUGCCAUCCUAGUUUAAGACUCAUCUCACAUGGAUCACUCUAUAGCUCUCUCUUUUUUUUAAAUUUUUUAAAUUAUGAAAGUAUGAUAACACAUUUACAGGAGACUUGGAAAAUACA